GAAAAGAAAUAUCCGUGUGCGAUUUUUUGUGAUAUACUUUUACUAAAAAUAAAUUUUGCACUCUCUCGAUUACACGAUCGGCGACAUGUUUCUGCCCCUCAAGCUCAUGUAAAUCACGAGAUUUUUCGAAAACGAAGUGCGAGAAAACGCAGACGAGGCUUUCCCGCGAGAUUGCCAGGAAAUCCGCCGAAUGCCACAAACAUUAAAGAAAGAGAAGGAAAGAGAGGGAGAACAUCCUGGAUGUCGAAAAUAACCGCGAUGAGGGAAGAGGCGAGAGGGCAGAACGAAUUCGGCGGUUCCGGGUGAGGGAGGGGGCCGACGAUAGUUGUCUUCUGCUACUCUCCGGUGCUUUGGCUUUUCCGAGAGUCCAGUGUGUUUCGCCACCCGAGGAACCCGCGUUCUCCACGUAUAUCAACGCGAAGUAAUUAAAGAAUAGAUUUCUCGAGAUUAAGGUAUCAACAUGGACACCCAAAAGGCGAGGCUUGUGAACAAGCAGUUCAAUUCUCCUAUUAAUUUAUAUUCGCCACAAACGAUACAGGAGACUCUAGACAGGCAGGCUCAAGUUUUAGCUAACGGUGCAGUCGGAAUCGACUUCAACCAGUUGGCCAAGCCAACUAACUUGCAAAAUAGCGCGGUUUUACGUAUGCUCGAAGAAGAAGAAGCAAGGCAGCGCGGUGGUCAACCCAGUCUCAAACGAGUAGCUUGGCCACCGCCUCCAGAGGAUCAAGACUUCGACUACGUGGAGCAAACUCCCAUUCAAGCGAAGACCCGUGGGUACGGUGAUCUCGGCUCGUACCAGAGCAGUCCCACGUCAGGUCCGUCACCCCAACCAUCCUCAGCGGUCACACCGCAGAGAGCCGUCCCGUCGUCCCCGUCGCCGGUCAGUCCUGGCGGUACGCUUCUGCGACAACCAUCGCACUUUCAACAGCAACAGACGAAUCCCAAGAGUUGGGCGCCGGUGACACCCCCGGCGACCUCGCCGCUUCCGCAUCAGCAGCAUCCUUCGUUUCCGAGUCAGCAUCAACAGUCCCAGCCUUGGCAGCAACACCCCCAGGAUCCCAACGACCGGACACCGCAGAGGCAGCAACAGAAUCAAUCCAGUUAUCAUCCACCUAUUCCUGCGGCGUUCGAGGCACCACCCUCCACUAUCGUCCUUCGUCCUGAGCCGCCUAUCUCACAGACACCAGCACCGGUGUACCAGGCCCAACCUGCAGCGACCAAAGCUCCGGCAACAGGCAACAUGCGAGGGGACUUGAAGUGGCCGCCGGCAUCCGUGAAGGCUCAGGUCGAGGCGGAAAACCGGGCCAGGAUAGAUCUCACGAAAGGCCCGGUUUUCAGGCCCCGUCGAGUGAACAAGGACUAUAGCGGUUUCUUCGCGCAGCACGCUCUGAACAAUAGCUAUCCGGGCUACCGAGCACCGCCGGGUACCCAGUACUUUACACCGGCUUACCAACAUUAGCAAAUAUUUCGUUUUGAGAAACGGGCACGAAGCAUCGUCUUGAGUUUUUCGUCGAACGGGACCGAGUGUUCCGAUUAGGUGUUUUCGAAGUUGCCGAGAUGCUCAGGACGCUGUUCAUGGAUCUUCAGAGAUUCGCGAGAAAUCAGAGAAGCGCAUGAAGAACGACUUAAAGUCUUAAAAAGACAAGCGUGAAAGAUUUUUAUCGCGAAAUUGUGUUUUACGAUGUUGCUUUUUCUUUUAUAUUUGGGCCACAAAUCUGCGCACAAGUUACUGUGCUGUUACUCUUUCAGAAUGUGGUCUAGAUACUAAGAAAUCUCGCUUCCAUAUAACGCUUCGUGCGCUUCUCGGUUUUCAAGAAAAAUAUCCAAUCCGGAUUUCGAAUUUGUACGAAUCUGUAUAUACUGAGACUGAUUCUCGGUUUUCUUUCAUCUUUUCAGGAUAGCGUAAAUUAAUAAUUACUAUAUAAAAAUCCAAUUUAUAUUUUACGGCAUAUUCGGUUUAUUAUCCGGACAUCACCAUUCAAAGAUUUCCAGACUCAUGAAUGUCGCGUUUUCUUUUCUUAAUCCGUGUAUCGAAAAAGAGUAGAAGUCUUUAAAUAUACCUAUAUUUUCAUCGAAAAAUGAGGAUAAUUUAAUAAUAUUCUAUGUCUUUUCUCUUUCGCGCAGGGUUGUUUUUUAUUUUUUUCCACAAUUUAGAAAUUUUUGCUUGCGUGAACGCGUCUCCAGUUUGGAAAUUUCUGAUCUAAAUGAAUUCAAUGUUGUGAUAGAAUUAAUGCUGCAAAUAGAUUUACAAAACUAACGCUUGUCAUACGAAUCAAAGAAGUGACAGAUCAAAAGCGAUCGCUUAAAAUAUUUCGAGUGAUAGCGGCAGAUUGUAUUUUUAUUGCAAAGAUAAUACGACGAUACAGAAAAUAUAAAAUAACGAACGUCGAAUAUAGACAAAUUUACGAAAUAAACGAUCGAAUGAAGAGAAAAACACGCGAAAGGAGAGAUAACGUAUUGAAAAGUAUCAUCUAUACUAAAACGCGAUAUGUUUUAUAACACAAUUUAGCGCGAUAGUCUGCCCGUUAACUAACCGAUGAAUCAUUUUUAAUAAUGUAAUAUAUCGAUGUGAAUAAAUAAAUAUCAAUUUAUGCUAG